AUGGCGGACGAGGAGAAGCUGCCGCCCGGCUGGGAGAAACGCAUGAGCCGCAGCUCAGGCCGGGUGUACUACUUCAAUCACAUCACUAAUGCCAGCCAAUGGGAGCGGCCAAGUGGCAACAGCAGUGGCAGUGGCAAAAAUGGACAAGGGGAGCCCACCAGGGUCCGCUGCUCACACCUGCUGGUCAAACACAGCCAGUCACGGCGGCCCUCAUCCUGGCGGCAGGAGAAGAUCACCCGAACCAAGGAGGAGGCCCUGGAGCUGAUCAAUGGCUACAUCCAGAAGAUUAAGUCUGGAGAGGAGGACUUUGAAUCCCUGGCCUCACAGUUCAGCGACUGCAGCUCUGCCAAGGCCAGGGGAGACCUGGGUGCCUUCAGCAGAGGUCAGAUGCAGAAGCCAUUUGAAGACGCCUCCUUCGCGCUGCGGACAGGGGAGAUGAGCGGGCCUGUGUUCACGGAUUCGGGCAUCCACAUCAUCCUUCGCACGGAGUGA